CGCGCUGCCCCGAUGUGUGACAGAGGAGGCGAAAGGCAAAGGUUUUGUGUGUUGUGCGGAUAGUGAGACUCUCCUCUCCACAUACAGGCGACACACUCCCGGAAAUCUGCCCUUUCAUUAGGUGGCGUCACACUCCCACACGGCGGACAUGGUGUCCGUCUCCCUUCGUCGCUGAGAAAAACGUUGUGGACGGGAAUCUGCACUAUUUCUCUUUCUUCCGCUUUUUGUAUUAUGGGUAAAGAACAGGAACUUCUGGACGCCGCUCGGACUGGGAAUGUAGCGGUGGUGGAAAAAUUGCUCAGUGGCAAAAGGGGAUUAUUGGGCAGUGGAUCGAGCUCCAUCCCACUCUCCAGUCUCCUGAGGAAACGGUUUCUUCACUCCAAACUGUCACCCACAAGCAUUUGGCGAGGGCCCAACGUAAACUGUAAUGAUACUUCUGGUUACACCGCUUUGCAUCAUGCAGCUUUGAACGGACACAAGGAUGUUGUCCUGAAGUUGCUUCAGUAUGAAGCCUCCACCAAUGUGGCAGAUAACAAAGGUUGCUUUCCACUCCAUCUAGCUGCUUGGAAGGGAGACAUGGAUAUUGUGAAAAUUCUCAUCCACCAUGGACCUUCGCAUUCCCGAGUGAAUGAACAGAAUAAUGAGAAUGAAACAGCACUGCACUGUGCAGCUCAAUAUGGACACUCAGAUGUGGUUGGAGUUCUUUUGGAAGAAAUAACUGAUCCCACAAUUAGAAACAACAAGUUUGAAACUCCGCUUGACCUGGCUGCGCUCUAUGGUCGUCUGCAAGUGGUUAAGAUGCUGAUAAAUGCACAUCCGAAUUUGAUGAGUUGCAGUAACAAAAAACAUACUCCACUGCAUCUUGCUGCACGGAAUGGGCACAAAGCUGUGGUUGAGGUUUUGCUGGAGGCAGGCAUGAAUGUGAAUUGUCAGACUGGGAAAGGAAGUGCCCUGCACGAGGCUGCUUUGUUUGGAAAGAUGGAUGUUGUCCGAAUUCUGCUGGAAGGAGGAAUUGAUGCCAAUAUUAAAGAUAGCCAAGAUUGGACUGCAUUAGAUAUUUUGAAGGAGCACCCAUCCCAGAAAUCUCAGCAGAUCACUGCCCUCAUACAAGGUCAUCUGGAUAGAGUACAAUUCUAUCGGAGGGACAGAUGGAAAAUAAGACGUGCUGCCCCUUGGCUUCCUUAUGAGAUUUACAAAAACGAUUAUAUUAUCCAAACGAUGGACCUGAACGAGACGGAAGCACCAAUAAAGCAAUGUCCAGUUCCAACUCCUCGGGCCUCAAUUUCAUCUCCAGCAGCUUCAUCGUCACACAAGACCAAAGGUGAAACACUUACUGGGGAGCUAUCCAAACUUUUGUCAGAAAUCCGAGAGAGCAGGGACAAAGAUUUUGAUGACUUGUGCCAAGCCGUAUCCUCCUAUUCUAUAGAGAGGUUUAGCAGUGCAAAGAUUUGUGAUGAAGAUAUCGGGAAAUGUGAAAAACAGCCAAAACAUUGCAAGCAGCGAGAUCAUCUGUCUCCUCCCAUUGAUCUACCACCAGCAGAGGAGGAAGAGGAAGGCGAGAAAAGCUGUGGACCGACCAGACUAUGGGAAGCAUUCACUCCCUGCAAUGGCUGCCAACCUCUUGGGUUCCCAAUUUUAAUCCAGGAGCCAGAAACAAAGAAAAGCAACCAGGCUCUCGACAUAAGGCUGUCUCCAUCACUCGACAGUUUUCCUCCAGAGGAAGAGGACAACCCUUAUGAAUUUUUGGCAACAGCAGUCACAAAGAAACCCCGCUCAUUAGACAUAUCCAGAUUGUCUUCAGGAAGAACAGAAAAUGCACCACAAGUAACUAUUACUGCACCAGAGGGUAAUCUCCUUGGAAAAAGUACAGGCCCAACCCCAGACUGCUCACCUCCAUCCCCGGACACAGCAUUGAAAAAUAUUGAGAAGGUUAUCCGGCCCCAGCCCAAACAACGUACUUCACUGAUUUCCUCGCUGGAGGUAUAUAGGCCAAGACAUAUGUAUGAUCAGUCAGAAGUCAGUUCAUCUGCUGGAUAUGCCAGCUUUAAUACCACGCCUCCUGUCAGUCCUGCCAAUUACUCCAUUGGAUCUAUAGAGGGCAAUGACUUAAUGGAGGAGAAUCUGUGCCAAGGUGAAGCCUCUGCAGAAGAAGAGUUCCAAGAUGGACACAUCCCUGAGCAGUUUGCUGGUUUACUGCAUGGCUCAUCCCCAGCUUGUGAAUUCCCAGAGGAUCCAUAUCAUCUGUACACUAAAGCAAAUAAGGACGUUAGAAAUGACAAUACUUUGCGAAUCAAAGAUCCCAUACAACAGCCACAUUUAAUUAGGGCAAAUUUACUACAAUGCACAAAUGAGACAAACAAGGCACAAAAACUACAAACUGUUGGUGAUAAAUCAAUAUUAAACCAAGAAUAUAAACAGCAAGUGAUAUAUAAGACAAUUUUCCACACAAAAGUAAACCAGAAUCAUGGUGAAACAUUUGUCAGCACAAGAACUUUUUGCAAUAGAGAUCACUGGGUAAGCAACACGGAAGAGAAACAUGGCUUUGAGGAUAGAGCAUCCACUUUAGGAAGAGUAAGGUCAGGAGGAAAGACUCUUCUUGAAUUGCAGUUAACCAGAAACAUUUCAAAGUCAGACUCCAAUCUUAUUACCUGUUCACCCAUUGAGGAAGAAUCGAGAGGGAGUCGCUAUGAAUCUGUCGCAAACUACUUUAAAGAAAACAAACAGUGCACUGGAAAAUGUCUAGAACGCACACCUUCUUUCACAGCAGAAUGGGAGGAGAUUGAUAAAAUCAUGAGCUCUAUAGGAGCUGGAAUCAAUACUGGACUGAAAGAAAAGCAUGAACCCGCUUCAGGACCCAGAGUUGUAUUUCAGACUGUGGGACGAUGGUUAGAAAGCAUAGGUCUCCCCCAAUAUGAGAACCACCUGCUGGCAAAUGGAUUUGACAACAUCCAAUUCAUGGGAAGCAAUGUAGUAGAAGACCAGGAUUUGCUGGAGAUAGGCAUCCUCAAUUCAUCACACAGGCAAAGAAUUCUACAGGCAGUUCGUGGACUUCCUCGGGUUAAAGUCAUUGGAUAUGAUGGGAAUAGUCCAACGUCUGUGGCAGACUGGUUGGACUCCUUAGAGCUGAAUGAUUACAUCAAGACCUUUCUGGCAAAUGGUUAUACAUCAAUGGAUCUUGUGAAGAAGCUGUGGGAAAUUGAACUCAUUAAUGUGCUGAAAAUUAACCUGUUGGGUCACAGAAAGCGAAUCUUAGCAUCACUGGGAGACAGACUCCACGACGAGCCACCUCAGAAGCCCCCUCGAACCAUCACUCUGAGGGACUCUGGGAACACUCCUCCUCAGCUUUCCCCAUCCCUUAGCCAAAGCACUUACACUGGUGGUUCUCUGGAUAUCCCCUCUGCCCAUUUAAUAAUGCAAGGGGAUGCAAGAAGACGACUUAAUGACAGCUACUUUGAGGAUAUGCCACGGUCAAAGCUUGAAAGACAAAUGGCACAACAGGCGGAAUGGAGUGAGCCUUCUAUCACUCUUCGGCCUCCAAAUGAAGCUACAUCAUCUACACCUGUACAGUACUGGCAACACCAUCCUGAAAAACUCAUCUUCCAGUCCUGUGAUUAUGAAGCAUAUUAUUUAGGUUCUAUGUUGGUGAAGGAGUUGCGAGGAACAGAGUCAACGCAGGAUGCAUGUUCAAAGAUGCGGGUACGUCUUGGCAGAGAUGGAAUACUGAAGUCCUCGGAACAAAUGAAGAAGAUUCCUACAAUCAUACUUUCAAUCUCAUACAAGGGGGUAAAGUUCAUCGAUGCUACAAACAAGAAUAUUAUCACAGAACAUGAAAUUAGGAACAUUUCUUGUGCUGCUCAAGACCCUGAAGAUCUUUCUACAUUUGCCUACAUCACAAAAGAUUUGAAGUCAAGUCACCACUACUGUCAUGUUUUCAGCGCAUUUGAUGUGAAUUUAGCUUAUGAGAUCAUUUUAACACUUGGACAAGCUUUUGAAGUAGCCUAUCAGUUGGCCCUUCAAGCCAGGAAAGGUGGCCAUGGACUGCCGUCAAUGCAAGAUAGUCUUGAAAAUAAAAUUGGCAAGCCAAUCCCAAAACCACGAGCAAGUAUCCGGAAAUCUGUGAUCGAUCAGCCUCUUAUGGAACAAAAGACUCAUACUAAUGUACCUUGGAUUGUGGAACCAGGGCAAGAAUCGAAAAGGGUGAUGAACACUAAAUAUGAGACCACAAUAUUCUAAGCAUUAUUUCUCCUCUUCUUUCUGUGCCUUUGCACUUUUUUGAGCAAUCACUGCAAGCAGCACAUUUUUUCUCCUCUGGUGAUCUCUAACCCAGUCGAGAGGAAAACUGCACUCGCUGAGUGACCUUACACAGUUACUGUCAUCACUGCAUGAAGCUGUUCUUUUCCUUUUUCAUUCCUCCCACUGUAGCAACAGGAAUGACACUGACACACGGCAACUGUCUCUGGCGCAUUAUAAAUCAGUCCAUCAAAAGAACCUAAGCUGAUUCAGUUUAGAGAAUUUACUCUUGGCACUGGAGUUACACUUUUUUUCAUCUUUGUUGAGGUCGUUUCAGCUUAUGAAGAAAUCAGCGGACUAAUUCUGAAGAUCUCUUCUGCCCAUCUGAAAACCUGAAUGCUGCUAAAAGCAGUUUUUAUCCCUUUUUGACUAAGCAGUUUUUAUCCCUUUUCGACUAACACUUUUUAACAAAAAAGCUGUGAUUUAUCUAUUGCAGCCUUGGGAUAAUGAUGGGAAUGACUGAGCUAAUAUCUUUCAAUAACUGCUUCAGUUUUGAAAUGACUGCUCUGAGUUGCUGACUGCUUUAGGCAAUAUUAACUAUUGUUUUACUGGGAACGUCACAACACAUGCACAUUUACUCAGAGCAAUUCCUUCAGAGAUUCUGGCCCUCAUUUUAAAACUGAUCUGCACUGAAAAUAAAGUCUUUUUUUCUCCUUUAGCUAAGUGGUUACUGCAGAUGUAGUUAUUUAUUUUCACAUAAACAGUAGUCAUUUAACAUCUCGUUCCUAAAAUGUGAAAGAAUUUAAAAAAAGUUUGGAAAAUAGACAAAAAAACUGAAGAGUUUUGCACAUAUGAACCAUAGUUGCCAUUUUUCGGUCUUAUUUCCACACAGUGUUUAUAGAUUGCCAAUUUCAUAAUGUACAUCCGCUUGUGUAAAAGUGAGGGGCAAAAAUAGUAAAUUCUUUUUUAAAAGUGAAACUUCUCUGCAGCGAAAACCCCCCACAGCCAUUCUAAUGUAGCCAAUUACUGUGUUGGUGAAGUCCCUCAUGGAUUGGAGAAGUAUUAAAUGUGUUGCAAACCAGCAGCAUCGCACUGCAGGUGAAAACAGACUGUAUUCAAGCAGUGCACUGGAUACCUCAACAAUCUAACAGUGCUAGAUGCAGAAGGUAGAUGAGAAGUGUUGGCUAUCUUAGAAUACAUUAACUGCACAUGUAAUUGUCAAAUUUAAAUGAAACUUGGCACAAUGAACACAUUCUGUUCUGUAGUAUAAGAAGAGUUAUGUAAUGAUUCUCUAUGUAGUAUCUUUCAUUUCAGACAUAUACUAAGACCUGAUUUAUUUCAAACCAAUGCACACAACUUUUCUGAACUAAACCCGUAAAACCACAAUCAUCCGAUUUACUACCUGGAGCAACUAAGCUUGAAACAUGAGAAUGAUUUUCUCACUUUGUUUGCAAAAAAAGAUGUAGUGACAUAAUAUCCUACAUUAUCUUUUAAAACCACAUUGAGGUAGAGUUUAACUGUGGUAUGCACAGACAGCAUUACAAAGGAUGGUGAUGAUUAUAGUUGCAUUUCACCAUUCCAUUUAAGCAAAAUCUUAUUGUGAAUCAAUUUAAUGUUUAUUUUAGAAUCCUUAUUGAACUUGUGUAAUAAUGGUCUUAAGUUGUUUCAAUGUUACAUUAUUUUUAUAUGAUAUAGAAACUAAGCUGGGCUUAAUGAUACUGGUCACCCAAAUAUAAAAUAAGGGAUGAUUAUUAGAGCUUGGGUUGUAAUUGAUAAUCAAAUGUAUAUUGUAUGGUUGGACUGAAUUUUAGUUCAAUUCAGUGUUAAUCUUUUAAUACAGUAUUAUAGUACUUGAACAAUGCAGUUUCCUUGUAUAUAUUUUGCCUAUUCACAGUUAAUAAAUGUAUGUAGUAAUUUGGCAGUUUUAAAAAAAAACACUGUACACAUGGUACUAAAAUGAAAAUGUAUGGGGAUAAAAUAGUGGACUUCGCUGCAGUUGAUACUGUACAUAUGCUUGGGAUUCCAGUUACAAAUUUUGUAAUUUUUGCCAUUAUUUAUAUCCUGCAAAAGCACAUUAAAUAAACAGGAUGUAUAAAAA